UCAUGAGGAAUUUGAGGUGUGAAUGGUCAUUAACAUAUCUUUUGUUUCCAAGGGAUGGGAGAGGUCUGAGGUGUGAAUUGGUCAUUACAAGGUGUGACAAGCUUCGUAGGAACAUCCUGUGUUCAGUGUUUCGUCCAUCUGAGUACCUUGAAAAGUCUUUGCAUGCAUUUUUCAUGAUGAAAAAAGACUCUGGCCAGCAUUGGGAACUGGAAGAGUUAAAAAAAAAUUCAACCAGAAAUGUUUUUAAACGUGAUUUGCUGCGU